UCAGUUAGUCAGUCUCGUUCUUCUCUCCACUUUGGUGGAGGCAGAUUUUCAUUAAAGUUGGUAAAAAUUUUGUGUGAAUUUUAGAAAUUAAAAUUUUACAAUUUUAGUUCAAAAAUGAAAACGCAUAAUUUAGCCGUGUUGAUAUUUCUUGUAGGAAUCAAUUUCUCUGGGGCAUACAGAAUAUUGAAGAUUUCAUGGGGCUGGCCAGAACAUGAAGUAGAUCAUCAUCAUCAUCACGACGAUCACCAUGACGAUCACGAUGAUCAUCACCACCACCACCACCCUCCCCCUGGACAUCACCACCAUCAUCACCACGAUAAAGGUCACCACCACCACCACCAUCAUAAGGGGCCACAUCAUCAUCACCAUCCCAAAGGGCACCACCACCACCACCACGCCAAGGGUCACCAUCACGGCUGGGGCAAAGGUUGGAGUAAACCCAAGCAAAAAGUAAUUCAUAGGGAGCACAUUCAUAAAAUCCACACGCAUGUUCAUCACAUUCACAAGCACAACCUGUACAAGCACACGAUCCACAAGCACAACCAGCACAAACACAUCCUGAACAUUGUCAAGGCUCCGGAGCAAAUCGUGCACUCGUACAAUCAAGAGGUCGUCAAAGUGGUCCCGACCGAGGAGGAGGUCGUCAAGAAGAUCCCCGUCCACCACGAGCAGUACCAAGUUUUUACCACGGAGGAACAAGCAGCCCCACAGGUUAUCGACCAUGGACACAAGCAUUCGCAUUAUGACGGGACGAUACAAGCCGCCGUGGUUGGAGGGGGGUGGGCCCCCGAGGAGGUCGAGUAUGCGGGGUGGAGCAGUUAAAUAUGUAAAUAAUUGUGUAUGUAAAUUAGUUGUUAAAAUGUGCGGCAAGGAAAUAAACUACUUACCUUACAAAAUACAAGAUUAA